AUGGAUCUUUGUAGAUCAAGCAAAAGCAAUCCCUGAGAAGAUGUCUUCAUCGUACAACAACACAAUUUCAUCAUCCUCCACUCAGUCUUUCCUCCUCGCCGGCGCUGCCACCGGAGCAAACAACUUCAACCGUGAAGAGACGGUGAUGACGAUGACUCAACAACCCAACUCCGUUGCUCCAACACCACCACCCAAGAAACGCAGAAACCAACCCGGAAACCCAAAUCCAGAUGCUGAAGUGAUAGCGUUAUCACCAAAGACGAUAAUGGCGACGAACAGGUUCAUAUGUGAAGUAUGCAACAAAGGCUUCCAAAGAGAACAGAAUCUACAGCUUCACCGGAGAGGACACAACCUUCCAUGGAAGCUGAAACAAAAAUCUAACAAAGAAGUGAGGAGGAAGGUGUAUCUUUGUCCGGAGCCUUCAUGCGUCCACCAUGACCCGUCGCGUGCCCUCGGAGACCUCACCGGAAUCAAGAAGCAUUACUACCGGAAGCACGGUGAGAAGAAAUGGAAAUGCGAGAAAUGCUCUAAGCGUUACGCUGUUCAAUCUGAUUGGAAGGCUCACUCUAAGACUUGUGGUACCAAAGAGUAUCGAUGUGACUGUGGUACCAUCUUCUCAAGAGUAAGAGAGAAAGACAGUGAAGGAGAAAGGAGAAAAAUAAAAGAUGCUAAAUUUGGUCACAUAAGAGACAGUUACAUAACCCACAGGGCAUUCUGUGAUGCCUUAAUACAGGAGUCAGCAAGAAACCCUACCGUGAGCUUCACGGCAAUGGCAGCAGCCGCUGGUGGCGGCAGCAGCAGACAUGGCUUUUACGGCGGCGCUGCUUCUGCUCUCUCUCACAACCAUUUCGGUAACAGUUCAAACUCCGGUUUUACCCCUCUAACUGCAGGUUACAAUCUGAACCGUUCAUCCUCCGAAAAGUUUGAAGACUUUGUUCCUCAGUCCACAAACCCUAAUCCCGGUCCUACCCAUUUCCUCAUGCAAUGCCCUUCGAACCAAGGAUUGUUGGCGCAGAACGACCAGAAUCUCAUGAACCAGCACGGUCUCAUCAGCCUCGGUGAUAACAUCAACAACAACAUCAAUAACAGCACCAUCAACCACAACAACAUCAAUAACAGCGCCAUCAACCACAACAACAUGUUCAACCUCGGAUACUUUCAAGACAACGCUAAGAACUCUGAUCAGACAAGUGCUCCUUCUCUUUUCACCAAUGGCGCUGAUAACAACGAUCCUUCCGCUUUGCUAAGAGGAUUAACUUCUUCAUCUUCUUCAAGUGUGGUCGUUAAUGACUUUGGAGAUAAUGAUAAUGGAAACCUUCAAGGUCUGAUGAACUCUCUUGCUGCAACAACUGAUCAACAAGGCCGGUCCAGUAGCCUUUUCGACCUUCAUUUCGGAAACAAUCUUAGCAUGGGAGGCUCUGAUAGGUUGACUUUGGACUUUCUGGGCGUUAAUGGAGGAAUUGUGAGCAACGUAAAUGGUCGUGGUGGUCGUAAUGGAGCUACUAUGGACGUUGAGAUGAAGUUUCCAAAUCCAAAUAAUCCAUUUGGAAAAGCUUGAGAUGAUAGACAUGUUGCUGGGCCACCUCCUUGGAGAUUUUUAUUCUUAAUUAAGCUUUCUUUCGUUUUCUUCUUAAAAAAAAAAAAAAAAAAAAAUCUAUCUUUCGUUUGUCGUCCUUUAACUAUUGAAGUGGAUAAGUGUAUCUCUCUUUAGUAAGGAUUUAGGUUGGGAACUUCAAUUCUGCAUUUAUAUUUUUCUUUAGGUUUUUUUUUUAAAUAAUGUCAUGGUGGGAAUCUCCAGCCGGAGUUCCUUUAGUAAAUUUGGAUUUUCUCAAUCUGUUGAGUCAAUUCCUUUAAUUAUAUAUAUAUAAAGACAUUUUUCUUCUAUCUAUAGUUUUUUUUUAAGAUAAAUUUUAAUAUAUACCA